GUACUCGGUAUUGAUCAGCCCUUAAACACUGUACUCGCGUCGCCCCGCCCUUUCCAUUCUGCGCGGCGUUUCUAACAUGACUUACGUAUCAGUGAUUAUCCCAAUUCACGAUCCCAGUUACGAAAGCUCGCUAUAGUGCCAUAAUAAGGGGAAAAAGAGGUGUGAUAAUUGUAAUAGAGUAACUAGUUGUAUCAAAUAAGUGAAACUCACGUCCAUGUAAGACCAAAGCGGACACCGUGUCAAACCGUACAUUAACGCCCUGAUGAGCAGUGACGUUAGUCGGAGAUCUGCCAUCGGUGGCAAAAAAAUGCGUAAGCGCAAAGAACUGGAUGCCUUAACGGGCACGAUUAUUGGCACUAACAACAGAAAUCGCCGACUUAUGUGUUCCUCCGAGUCGGACUCUUGUUCGUCUUCACGGGCUCCGACACCGAUCAAACUACGGAGGCAGAUCACUCGUAGGCGAAAACAUAGGUUCAUUUCGAAUACUUGGUGCAGUGCGUUACGCAUGUCUUUAAUGUUUGGCUGUGUUGUUUGGGUUGUAUUCGAAACGUAUACAUUUUUCGAUAUUCGCAAAAUACAACUACAUUUACAAACCCAGCUCGAUGAAGUUGCUGCCGGCAAUCAAGGUGUUCCUGAUGACUUGCAAAAAUGUCAUGCGAUGUCUAAACAACUUCAAAUAAAUCAGACUGACAUUUAUCAACAAUUAUCUGGUUUUAAUUUACAAAUCACAAACUUAACACUGCAGGUUAAACAAUUACAUACGAGUCUUUUAUCAAUUGAAAAACGUAUUCCUCCACACGUCCCAUCACCAGACGUCAGGAAAGAUUUAUCCGCAGAAGUGGCUAAGUUUGGAAGUGAACUUGAAGAUUUAAAUAUAAACGUUAGAGCCCUCAAAGAGAAUACUGCUUCUUUACAAUCCAACCAAAAAAAAUUGGAUUCCAACAUUACACAAAUAAUUGGCAAUUUAACUCUUAUCAGGGGCUCUAAGACUGAUGAAACCAGUAUUAAUCGCAUGUCAGAUGAGUUACGAGUUCAAAUUAAUGAUUUGAGUAGUAACAUCACAGCAGCUAAUCAAACAUUGUCAAGUAAACUUGUUUGGCUUUCUCAAGAUCAGAAAAAAGAUAAAGAUGAAAUAGAGAAAUUAAAAGAGAAUAGCCAAAAAUUUUUGGCUCAAUUAAAAACUAUUGAAAGCAAAUAUCAAAUUUCAGAAGACGAGCUUACCAAAAAGUUCACUGACACUAAAUUAGAGGUUUCUAAUCUUAAAAACCAAAUCGACAAGAUUGCGUCUAAUGUUACCAGUUUACAUGCUCAAUCAGUACCUGAUAAUAGUAUUGUAAAAAGUCCUAGUCAAUUGCCAGAAAGCAAUUCAACUACUCAACAUAAGCCUUGAAGGAAUUCCUUGUACUGUUCGAGUUGCAUUUUGCACAAUAAGUAUUGUUAAUUUGUUUAUUUUUGUUUCAUUAUCAAAAUUGUUUCGUUAUUAAACUAUUAUCAAUAAUCUGUGUGAACUUGUUCAAUUUUUAAUACAAUUAUUGAAGAAAAUCUAUUUUUAAUGUGUAGUGAUAAUUUUAAGUUAACUAUUUUCUGUAAAAUUCAAUUGCAUUUAAAUGUGUCUUAAUAAACAUUUAUAUUGAUGACUAUA